GGCUUGUCGAUCGGCCGAUAAUCGUAAAAGUUUUUAUAAGUAGAAUUGGUUAGCUGUAUAGCGGGUUGGGUGGGGCCUUGAAUCCUCUUUAUUCCCCAUAUGUUAGGCGUUGACUCAUCCUUACGCGUGAUUUCUCAAACGGUACGCCUACACAAACGAUCGUUUUUGCAAGGCAAAAGUUUCCAAUGUGAAACGAUCAAAAGCAACAAAAAAAAAAAAAACUUUACAGUGAAUCGUAUGCAAAAUUUUAACGCUGAUCGAGGUAUAUCCCGAGUGUUGAAGAGUGCCAUAAGAAAUGAGGUUUUAAUCGAUUUUUCCUCGAAUUGAUACGUAAAAUGACGAAAUAAUAAUAAUGAUCACGUCGUUAAUAAUAAUCAUAAGGUCAAUAAUAAACAUAAUAAUAACGCCGCUCCAUGGUUAUAAAUAGAUCGCGUCGAUGUGUGCGUUGGUAACCGGGUUCCGUUCUCCUCUCUGGUUGGCUAACGCGCGGGUGGGGGAGGAAGGCGUAGUGCGCAGAAUAGGUGCGCAAUGACGCGGUCUUGCCAGUCUGCUUUCGAGCGAGGGUCGUUUGCCGCAGGAGAGAAUUCCGCAUUCGCAUUUUUAUUAUUUUUAGCAGAAUAAUAGCUAAUUUUACCUCCCACAUAUAUCACUAUAAUGUUACAGAUUUCGGGAUGAUUCUUCGUCUGCCACCCGGAUAUUAGAAUAAAUCAUCGAGGAAAUCCGAGCGUUAACAAAAUGCCCCGUAUUGAUCCGCUGCAGCUGCUGAAGUGUCUCAGUGUUCUUUUGGGUCCUACGGGAGGCAUCAAGAGCAACGACGAAGUCCAGCGCUUAGCAAGCCUAAUGACAAAGUUUUCGAAAAAGCUUGUUUCAAAAUGUAUCUACAUUCAGAUCCUGAAGACCACGAACACCGAUCUCCUGGGCCAAUUCAUGGGCGCAGGGGGGUGGAAUCUAGUUCACAUGUGGUUGACAGAUGGAAUCCUAGCAAAAAACUGGGCUCUGAUUCAGGAAUUGCUAGAGCUGCUUCUUCUUUGUCCUGUAGACGUUGAGCGUCUGAAAAUUAAUAAUUGUCCAAAGUUGAUAAAGGGUCUUUCCAAAGAAGGUAGCCAUCAUGUAGUCAGGGCAUUGGCAAGUCGAUUAGUCGAACAAUGGUUAAAGAUUGUCAAAGGUGAAGCGGCACCAAAUUCUGUGCCCUCAGAUAUCAUGACUUUGCCGAUUCAAACCUUGAUUGACCAAAGCCAGUCGCUACCUGUCCAGCAACAGACUGGAAGAACGAAUAACAUCAGCAAUAAUAUUAACGAGAAUGGUGACCUCCAAGGCAAUAAAAUCCAAUUGACGGAUUAUACUGAAAAUACAUCCAAUGGUACGCAGCUAAAAGAUAAACUUCAGCAGCUCCAAAGGCCCCAGCAGUGCGAUUUGCAGACUGUGGCCAAAAAUUCCCAGAAGCAGUAUUUUUUAGUACCCUCUUCACAACAGCAGCAACAGCAGCAAUCACUGCCCGUUUAUAAGAUAACAAUUCGUGAUGGUAAACAAGUUUUAGCUAAGGUAGAAACAGACCCUGCAAAUAUUAACAACGUAUUGGCCUCAAACAACGAAAAUAGAGUCAACGGCGAUAUCAAAGAAGAUUUUACAACGCAGGACGACAUCGGAACGAUUGAAACAAUUCAAGGAACACUGGUCGACGGUCAAGAAUUCGUCCAUGAUAACUCUAACCAUUUAUCUAGUGAAGUGAAAAAUUCGGUAGCUAGUUCUAAAGACAUUAACAUUGGAAUAAAUAGCGAGGAUAGUAAGGACAAUAGUAGUAAAGAUGCAAAGGAAGGUGUUAGUAGUGACUGUAACAAGUCCAGUGACAAAGAAAAUCGGGAUUUUCAUAAAAGGGAUGAUAAAAAGUCCAGCAGUAGUUCGGAUAAAAGAUUAAGUAGUCAUAGUUCAUCAUCUCGGAGUUCGUCAAAACAUGGUUCAAGCUCGCAUCGUUCAAGUUCAAGUUCCCACAGAUCAUCAGGCUCCCAUAGAUCAGGUUCGGAAGGGUCAAAGGGCUCCAGUUCUAAGGAUAAAUCUUCUUCGAAGGAAAAAGACAGGCAUCGUUCUAGUUCCAGCAAGCACAGUUCUUCCUCAUCCUCAUCUUCGAAGGCAGGUAAAACUGACCGGGAGCGAGAGAAGGAGAAGCUGAAGAAGGACCAGGCAGAAAAGGAUAAGGCAACACUGGAAAAAGUCCAAGGUCAGGCGCUCAGCGUGAAAAUGGGAAAAAUACCAAAAAAAAGGGCAGAGGAUGAAGUUAAACAGUCGAGUGAUAGUUCGAGUACAGUGAAAUCCUCUUUAUCACCAUCCAGAAAACUGUCAACAGAAUCUAAAGAUAGUGCAAAAGAGCAGAAAGAAAAGACUGAUGGAAAGAAAGUCGUGAUACCAGAGAAAAAAAAUAUUUCGAUGUCUAUUGAAACCAGAAAAAGUUUGCUGGAAACAUCUCGUCCUAAAACGGUCAAAACGUUCAAUUCUAAAUUUAGGUCUACAGGAUUAGAGGAAGAAGUCAAACCCCCACCUCCUAGGUCUGCCAAGAAGCCUAGCACACUAUUGGACAAGAAACUUAUUCCCCCAAAACUGUCUGCCAUUAAGAGGCCUUCUCCACCAAUGGAAAAUAUUCCAUUACCAGAGAAACGUGCCAGGCUAUCUCUAGACUCUCCGGCAACACCGCCGCCAAUUGAAGACAAGAAAGGAGGCAUCAAACUCAUUCCACCCAAACCCAAACCUAUGGUCCUUCAAGAGAGUGACAUGUUCAUGGACGCCCUGACUGCAUCAACGAAGAGCAAAGAACCACGUAAGCGAAAGAGGAGGACGUCACUCUCGAAGGAUGGAGUGCCUGACCCUAAAAAACAGGAAGUGCAGGGAGAGGGACGCGACGGGACUCCGCCACCGUCGUCGCCGUUAGGUCCUGACGAAAAAUCCCCGGUGGUCGUUAAGCCCAACUUCAAGUUUUAUCAAGACACGCUCGAAACGGAGGAAGACAAAGAGAAGAAGGACAAGGAGGAGGAUAUAAAAGAGGAGGACAAAAAAGAAAAAGAUGAAAUUGAAUCCAUUGAUGAAAAAAACGUUAAAGAUUCUAAAGAGAGUAGAGAACAGCAUCAUCAGGAGGAGGAGGAAGAGGAAAGAUCCACGACACCUACACCGGACGACGAAGUCGAGGAUACUAAGGGAUCAAGUUCGCCGUCGGAGACGACGCCGGAAAUGUCAGAGUCCGACCGCAAAGAUAAGGGGGAUUCGAGUCCAACUCCAGAGAUACGGUUCGUAAAUGGCCUGAAGAGUGUUUUGCUGGCCCAGAAACGCAAAGGGCCAAAGAAAAUUCUGAAGUGGAAGACGGACCUGGAAUCUAUAAGGUACUUCGAACUCGAUGAAACAGAGAGAGUCAAUGUCACCAAGACUUUCACCGACGCCAAGCAAAUGGAGAAGCAAAACGAAAGGGAAGCUUUCCAGAUGGCAAGAAAGCUGAGUACAGAAGAUCUAAUGGAGGAAAAGACAACUUGGAAACCGUUGAUUCCAAUUGAUUUACCACCGGCGCUGGUCGAGCAUGGGAAAAAUAGCCGAGAGAAGGACGUACAGUAUGCAAGGGAGAAGGGAAUUCUUCAGGCAUUGUACUUUAAUCGUAGCAUGAUUCCGGACUCCGCAGCUGAACCUGAUGAGGAACGUCACCCCAUGACCGAUCCAAAGAUUAUACCAUUGGAUGACUUGACGGGUAACAAGGAGAGUGAAAAGGACUUUACGUCGAUGCCUUGGCCAGAGCCGAAACCUCAAUUAUUCCAGGCACCUGUUGUGCCGGCUUACCCAUUCCCUCCGUUCCCUCACAAUCAGCAGCCAAUGCUGGGUGGCAUGGGUCCACAAGGCCCUAUGCCUCCUAUGGCACAAAUGCCCCAACAAAUGAUGGGUCCAGGGCCAAUGGGUCCAAUGGGUCAAAUGGGUCCAAUGGGUCCUGACAUGGCAGGGCCAAUGCCAAGUGGGGGUGGAGGCUGGCGAACUGGAGAUGGAAAGGUCGUUGUCCCUGAUGUGGGGAUGCCAAAUAUGCAAGGUGGUUAUCCUCCAGGUCCUGAUGGUCCACUAGGUCCUCCUGGAAUGAUGGGACCACCAAUGUUCAACCAACCAGAUGGAUUCGGCAUGAUGGGACCACCUGACGACAUGGGAUACGGCCCUGGGAAUAUGGGAAACAAUUUUCAAGGUCCUCCCGGCUAUGGUCCAGGGCUUGGACCUGGUCCUGGACCCGGACCAGGACCAGGACCGAAUUUCCAAGGUGGGCCAAGAGGAGGACCGAUGCGAGGAGGUCCAGGAGGAAUGGGUCGAGGGGGACCUGGACAGGGAUGGUACAGAGGAGGUGGAGGGCCAAUGUCGGGUAGAGGUGGUUGGAGGGGUGGUGGCGGUUGGCGGGGAAAUGGAAAACAGCCGCCAAUUUGCAGACAAUUUACGAAGAAUGGUUAUUGCAGAAUAGGUGACAAGUGUCAAUACCUGCAUCCUGGUGUAAACUGUCCACCAUUUUGAACGGUUUAGUUCCAGUUUUAUCGGUGCUGCAAAAAAUCAAAUAUGGUAAAAAAAAUAAUGUGCUGCUUCGAGCACGCACGGAGGUCUGCGGACGAGCUGUUGUGCGUAGCUGCCAAUAAAAAGUACGACAGUCGACAUCACCUGUCAUUGUACCGUGGAUUUAUUCGUUUAGUAUUGCGCAACUCUCUUUCGUCUGAUACCCGGAGAAUGAGAGCUUUUAUUUAUCAUUUUUGCUAGUCUGUGAAACGAUUGGCAAACAUCUAAAAAAUUGGAUGAAAUACAUGACGGGAAAAGCGCCAUUCCAAAUGCAUGCCGAGAUAAUGCCAGGGAGUAAUUGUGAAUUGGCGACAAUAUGGGUGAAAGUACUUUGUUCAAUUUUUCUUUUUCUUUUUUUUUUUGUAAGCUGAUACAUGGUUACUCUGAACGUCUGAUAUUAAAUGUGGACACCUUGAGUUCAAAUGUAAAAUGAUUUCCCGUUUAUUGAGGACCAGUUACUGCUAUGUUGAAAACGAAAUGUGCAUAAGUUUAGUGUAAAUAUUAGGAUCGUGUAGUUUUGUAUAAAUUUGCUAGUUUAUAAAAAUCGAGAGAGUGACUGCGUUUAAAAAAUAUGCAAUAAAUAAUAAUUGCGGACACUACAGAAGAACGUCAAGCUGGGACGAUUGUAUUAUAAUUGAUUUUAAGUAAUCGUUUAUCUACGCCAGUGAAACAGAAAAGAGAUCGCGUGUAUUCGGGUAAACAAUAAUGCCGGGAAAAUGUAUAUGUAUAUUUAAUUGAGAGAUCGUCUAGAUUAAUAUUACCGUAUUGUUCCGAGUAUAAACCGACCCCCAAUUCUGAGACAGUAUUUUAGGGUGUUUUUCUUUGUUAUCUGCACAUAAGAUGGGUCUGAGUAUAAGACUAGGAUGAUUUUGGCAGGUGCUGUUAACGACAAAAAAACCUCUGUUUAUAUUCGAAACAAUACGGUAUGUAGUAUAUCGAGUCAAAAGUGAUUCAAGGAUUAAUAAUAAAAUAAAAUUGCAACAGAAGUUUUUUUGUACGUUUUACGUUGAGGGUAGUAUUUACCUUUUUGUACAUGGUUGAUUAUUAAGUUUGUAUAUAAUUUCCUCCAUUGUUAAAUACCAGCUGCUUCAAAGAAAUACAUGGGUUGAAACAA